AAAAAAAGUAAUUGAAGCCUUGAUGAAAUUUUUUAAAAUGGUAUUUAUUCCAAACUUUUGACCAGUUGUGUGUGUGUGUGUGUGUGUGUGUGUUAAUUACACCAUUAAUCACUAGUAACAUUAAAAAACACUUGUUAGUAGCAGAACUGUACAUUAUACAGUAUAUAGAGCAUCAAGGCAGCUCUUCAUGAGUUUCUAUGUUUUCGACAGCAGUUUAUUUAUCAGUGUAAGUGUGUUUGUGUGGCUGUACAUCAUUCAUUAACCUGAAUAAAUACUUCCUUCCACGCUUUUGUUGUCUUACAGAUAGACAGUAAUGUUUCUGUGCUGUUUAUUUGUACUGAUUGACCUUUAGUUCGUAGAUCACAGUUCAUCACUGUAAAUCUCACUAUUGGCUCUUCCUGACAAUAACAUGGUUUAUUGGGCUGAAGCGAGGACUCUUAAGAACUUCACACUCUUCCUGUUGUGAUAGUCUUCAGGAGCGACAGCACACUUCCUCUGGGUCGGCUUGUGUUUCAUCUGAAGUCAUGACAGUUACACCAGUUCGUGAUCUGAAGAGGGUCUUACCCAGGACGUAUUGUCACAGGAGAGAGGUUCUGUCAGAGAUCUCUACAGUUUUGUCUCAGCAUCAGUCCCUUCAGCCAGUGCUGGAUAGAUUUGUCUUCAAUGAUGGCACAGCGAGGACCUUGGUCGGUUUGACUGGAACAAUUAAGGUGUUUUAUGAAGGGAAACGCUACAAUAUUCCGGUGAGUUUGUGGCUAAAGGAAAGUUAUCCGCGCAGUGCGCCCAUCUGCUAUGUGAAGCCCACGCCGGAGAUGGUGAUCGUGGCCAGCAGACACGUCAACAGCAGUGGAGAGAUCCUGAUGCCUUACCUGGACGAGUGGACACAUAUGCAGUGUGAUCUGCACAGCUUGAUUCAGGUUAUGAAGGUCGUGUUUAGUGAAGUUCCUCCUCUACGUAUCUGUCUUUACCCAAAAGACUGUUCUGCUUAUCACAAACCCUCAGUUGAGGAAAUCUCACAUGUGAUGCUGGACAGAGAGGACGAUCUUCCUUUCUCCGAACAUAAUGAAACCAUCUGUUAGUUUGCUAGAUAUAUCUGCAGUGUGAUUUUGUACACAUGUGUUGUUGUUAAAGUAGACAUUUGCAUGAAACUGUAAAUAUUUGUUUAAUAAUAAUGAAUGUUAAAUUUAAGCAGCAUGAAUGUUAAUACUCAAAUAAAUUUGAUCUACAUUUAAUGUAAGUAUACACGUUUGUGAAGCAAGGUUUUCCUAGUGAUUCAUGCUCAGUUCAAUGUUUUUUUCUUCCUCAUGUAUUCAUAUUGACCUAUAAAAACACCUACCUAGAUAUGUAAAUAUGCAGUUAUUUACAGUGGGAUAUCACAACGAAAUUCACUCAAAUUCUACGAACAUGAAGUUUUAUUAAAAAUAAACUAUUUAAAAAAAAUAGGAUACAUAUGUAUUUUGUUAUAAUAUAUUAUGAAUUGUGAUGACGUGAAUUAAAUA